CGUUCUCAUUGGCUCAUCUUGUCAUUGCCAAGUGUCAAAGCUUUCCUUCCGAAGAGAAGUGGCAAUUCGUAAAUAAUUAUCCAAAUAAUGAAUAAAACCCACAUCAGCUCAACUCCAGGACGAUUAAAGAAAUGAAGUGGCAAUUUAUCGAGACCACACCGCAAAUCAGAUCCAAGAAAGGACGCAUCCCAAGAAAGGAAACAAAAAAACAAUGUUUUUAUCGGAUCGAUUUUCAUAGCAAUGUUUACGAGAGUCAGAUGAUCGCGAUGACAGACUCUCAGUGAUCAAUAAUGGACGUAUUAUUACUCUUAUUUCCGGGGAUUACACGAAAACCAGAACAUGUGAAGGUGCAAAGACGGAAGGGCUUUCACCAGUGUUAAUAAGUGUUAGAUGCUUUUUGUCCUGGAGCAGAAGGAAGAAGAAGAGGAAGGUCUUCUCGCUCUCAGGUGCUGCUGUCUUGACCCUUUCUCGCUCUCUUUUCCCCCCCUUAACUGUUAUUUUCGGUUCUAAUAAGCCCUCGAAUUUCGACUUCCGAUUUUCGCCUCACUCAAGAUCCUCAGCAAUCACUCGUUUAAGCUCCGCCGCUGGCUUGAACGGGGAAACUCUCAUAUGUCAUGGGCUCGUUAAAUUUGGUAGUUCCCCUUGUGAUGUGGGGGCGGGAGGCCCCCACUCACGACAUAUCUUGCGUCCUUUUCACCCGAGACGUCCGCACAAUUGUGACAGGAUCAAGGGAUGGCCAGAUAUGUGUUUGGGACUUUGAACCUCCUACAUUAAAGCUGACACCACGAUGCUUACUUGUCGGACACACUGCCAGUGUCACCUGUCUGGCUCAAGGUGGAAAAGCCCGUGGUACUUCAUAUAUAGUUAGCUCCUCUGAAAAUGGUGAGAUGUGUACGUGGGACCUACGUGAUGGUCGAUGUGUUGAAGUUCUCAAGUCUGCCAACGUCCACUCUUCUAUGACAGCCUAUCAGAUGCUUAAUGUUACUGAUGUUCGAUUAUUCUGCGUUGGCAACUAUCCAGAGAUUCUUGUGUAUGACCCUCACACCUUAGAUAUCCUGUUCUCUCUCGCUGCACGUAUACAACCAGAUUGGAUCUCAGCAUUGCAUAUAUUAAGGCCUCCUCGCCGAAACGAUGAAGUUGUGUUGGGAGUAACCACAGGGGGCUGGGUGAAAGUGUGGACAGUGAGUGAGAAGGAAGUCCGGCCACGGGAACCCAUAUUUGAACAUGAGUCUAAGAUGAUCAGAUCUCUGAAUGCUCUGUGCCUCGUUUGUUGUACUUACAACCAACGAACCGUCCUAAUAGUCACACAAGAUGAUUGGCAGAUAUAUGAUGCUGGUGACUUUUCACAACUCUGCCAUGUUGGGGGAAUCCCUGGUGAGAGAUGGAUGGGCGGAGAUUUUCUGUCAGCUGAUCGCGUGCUUGUCUGGAAUGAUAUGGGUCAGGCAUAUAUCUACAAGCUGCCUACAAAGUUAUUGAGGGGGGCAGCUGUUAGCUGUAUUGUUGAAAGCAGAGCAUUUCACAACAAGCAAGCAGAAGGCGAUAACCCAAUCCUGUAUGGCAUUGUCCAGCCAACAAGCAAAGAGCAACUUGUUAAUGCACCAGCAUGGCAGUUUAUGACAAU